UUAUAGUUGAACUAUAAUAAUAGGUAGGUCAUAUGAAACAAACUCCAAAGCAAGUAGCUGAAAAUAUUGUAGCAGUUUUUAAUGACCUUGCUCAUAGCUAUCCAGGAGGGUUAAAAAAUGUACGAUGUCUUUUACUAAAAACACCAUCAUCUGAAAGUAUACCAAUAUAUUAUUCAAUGAUUUCUAGAAACGAUGUGAAAGGACCUUAUAGUAAAUCUUCAACAUUUUCCAAAGAAAAAGAUACUGAAGGUGAACUAUUUGGUAAACGAGUUAAAGUCAAAGCUAAUGGAGAUGUUGAAAUUCUUUCAGGUUCAGAGGAAGAUAUAUCGGACUUUGGUGAUGAAGAAGAUGUUGUAUACAGAAAGAAGAAUAAAAAGGAUGAUAAUGAAUCAGAAAAUGAGGAUGAUAAAAAAAUUUACAAGGUUUAUUUUGUUAUAAGAAUAAAAAACAUGUUUUGAAUGCUUCACAUAAUUUUAUAUUUUUAUAUC